UACAUAGAUUUCACUAGACUAUUUUAGACAAAACCUACGAAACAAUUAAAACGCAUAAACCAACUGGGGUGCUUCACUGCUUAGGCCUAUUCAUAAACUUCAAGGCAUUGUAUUGUAAGUUGACUUGAUCAUGUCCAUGGAUUAUGACAACUGGCAGCCCCCAUCCGAAGCUGAAAUGAAGUUGAUUGAGGCACGGCGGGAGCGCUCGGAUAAAAUAUCCAAGUUGAUGUCUACUUAUUUACUGAAGGGCUACAAAAUGUUGGCCACAGUUUGUUCACAGUGUGAGACCAUCCUGCUCCAGGACAGACAGGGUACUCAGUAUUGUGUGGCCUGUUCUGAGCUGGACUCAGACACGGACAAAGACAAUCCAGUGUUGAACCAAGCAGCUGCCAUCUCUAUGGCUAGAGAGAUUGAGUUGUCAUCCAACCCCACAUCAACCACGGCAGCCAGGGAAGGGGGCGGAGCAGCUAAAAAACUCCAGCAGUCAGGGGCAGGGCGGGUCACUGACCUGUGUGGGGGAGACUCUCAGGUCUACAGUUCCUUCCAUGAUGUCCAGACCUUGACCACACCCAGAGCCACAGGUUACCUGGGCGAGGUCAUCAAGCCAGAGGUACCAGAGCCAGGCAGGCGAGUGGACGCGCAUACUUCAACCUCCUGCCAUCACAACCACUCGGAGAAGAGGACAGCUGAAACCCACAGUGACCAGGGACCUGGUGUAGGUCAGUUGUGUGAUAAGAUAGAGUGGGCUGGCAGAGAGCUAGGCAGAACAGAAAGUGUUGAGUACAGCAUUCAGCUGUGUCAGCUCAUCAAGGCUGCAGCUGAGGCAGUGGUUGCUGUUAGAUCUGCCAGCAUUUGACAGGGGACAGCACUCCAUAGGUCUGCCAGCAUUUGACAGGGGACAGCACUCCAUAGGUCUGCCAGCAUUUGACAGGGGACAGCACUCCAGUAUGUGUACAGCCUUUCAUUAUUAUCAAAGUUAUAGGCCUUUACAUUUGUCAGUAAUGUUUCAGCUUCAUACAGCUGUUGGAAAUUCUGAUUUUUAUGCAAUGUUCUAGCAUUUAAUAUAGAAAUCUUGUUAACAAUUUAGAAAAUUUGAUGUGAUAAAUACUCAUGA